GGCCGUGCGCGCAAGCAGCUCUCCGCGCACAAACGCGCGCACAAACACCCCGGGUGAGCAGGCGCGGUGGAUGUGAUGCGGUCCCGUUUCUAGCGGACGGACUGGACUAAUUGAAGAACUCUCGCCUGCAGGAUUUGUUUUGUCGCUAGCCAGCUUAAAAGCGGUUCCAUGACUUCUUGGUGAUAUUUGGGUGCAGUUUGACUCGGGAGAGGCUGAGCAGCACCAAAAACAUCGGAGAGAAAGAGUAUGGAGUUUUUCUUUUGACAGCUGCGCCGCUGCCGGACUGACAAACAUCAGUGACCAGGAGGUGAGCUGUCACCAUCCAUUCAGCUGCCAGAUGACUGACCAGCCCUGCAGGCCUGCAUCCUGACUGUCUCUGCCUCCAUUUGUGUGUCUGAAUGUCCAGCAUGACUUGGAGGGGACUCAACUGGUGGAUCCCCUGCUGAUACUUCCGAUCCCCAGAUAUCAGCCCCGACUUCCCCCUUUCCUGACGACUUUGGUGUACACUUCCCUCCCUGUUUAAGCCGUCAGCAUGGCUAGCCUGGUGCUCAACGAGACUGGAAUGGAGGACUGCGGCAUUGACGACUCCUUCAAGUACAACUUGUACUCGGUGGUCUACAGUGUGAUCUUUGUCUUAGGCCUGAUCACCAACUGUGCUGCCCUCUUUGUAUUCUGCUUCCGGAUGAAGAUGCGCAACGAGACCACAAUGUUUAUGACUAAUUUAGCGUUAUCAGAUUUAGUAUUUGUUUUUACACUGCCAUUCAAGGUCUUCUACAAUGUUAACCGCCAUUGGCCAUUUGGAGAUGGACUGUGUAAGGUAUCAGGAACAGCCUUCAUCACCAACAUCUAUGGCAGCAUGCUCUUCCUCACCUGCAUCAGUGUAGACCGCUUCUUGGCGAUAGUUUACCCUUUCCGUUCCCGCUCCAUCCGCACACGGAGGAACGCAGCGCUGGUGUGCGCCGCCGUGUGGCUGACCAUCGUUGGAGGAGGAAUAUCUGUGACCUUCUUCUCCACCAUUAACAGCAAACACAGAGCCACUACAUGCUUUGAGGGCUUCUCCAAGAGCACCUGGAGGACCUACCUGUCCAAAAUCACCAUCUUCAUCGAGAUUGUGGGGUUCCUUCUCCCCCUCCUGGCCAACUUGGUAUGUUCCUCGCUUGUUCUGCAUACUCUUCGGCGUCCGGUGACCAUUGGUCAUGGCUGUGACAGCAAGAGACGUGUCCUACGAAUGAUUUUGGUCCAUCUGGGCAUCUUCAUAAUCUGCUUCGUCCCUUAUAACUCGAUCCUCUUUCUGUACGCCCUUGUGCGGACCCAGGCCCUGGCUAACUGCGCGGUGGAGCGCUUUGCCCGGACUCUUUACCCCAUCACUCUGUGUCUGGCCUGCCUCAACUGCUGCCUGGACCCUGUGGUCUACUACUUCACCUCAGAGAGCUUCCAAAAAAGCUUGACCAUGGGAGGCAAAGGGUCCGGCUCCCGGCCCGAGAGUAUCCCCCGCAGCGACACUGAGACCCAGGACACAGCAAACACACUCCCCAGAGACACACACACUCUGGCCAGCAAUGGAAAAGACUCAAAGACGUCUGAGAGUCAGUUCUGACUCAGCAGGGAAGAAGGACGGUAAAGAAGGACAGGGUGGAUUUGACAGGAGCCCUGAAUUUGAAAAAAUAAAGCAAUCAGCUGUUUGGUCCUGGAAGUGACAAACACAUAACUCAGCAGAUUAGUUAAGUCCUGAAGGUAAGUCCUGAGGUAUGGCCUGGGCUUUACGGAUUAAUCCACCACUGGAGAGCAGAGGAAUGUAUCUGUGUGUGUUUAUUAUGAGAGAACACUACAGGGACCAGAGACCCAGCCACAUCAGGACUAUUGUCCAGAGACAUGCAGAGACAAAGAAAAGAGACCCCAUCGCAUCAUCACUCAGGCUUAACACACAGAAACAUUCACAGAUGCACUGGAUUGUGGAUAAAAUGGAGAUUUCCGUCCACAUUGUUGAAAUAUGCUGUUUAGUACUUUUGUAACACGCUGAGCCCUUAAGUUUUAUUAUUAUAAAGUUAAAGCUUUCACAUUCUAUCAUUUUAGACAUUAAUGUUAUGACACUCUUUACCCAUUGUUAUCAUAACACAGCAGCGCGCUGACCUGCUCAGUUAAAUGUGUCUUAUGUUGAAGUUUGAGGCCAUUAAAUGUCUGUUUUGAAUCGCU